AUGUUAAAUCGGAUUUUAUUCAUAUGUUUCUGUCUGUAUUAUGCUGAUGCUGCGAGCCUGUGGCUUUUUGAAAGCCCAACAAAUAUAAGAAUGGUGCCGCUUACUGCCCCUGAAAGACUACUAGAUCCACCGUUCAAUGUAAAACUUUCUACCGUCAUUUACGCCUUUGGUUACAAUGGAUCCAUCAAUGAUAACACUACCCUACCUGUUAUAAAUGCGUAUCUAGAAUAUAAACAAAGAUAUGAUCUAAACGUAGUGUUGAUGAAUUGGGAAAGAGAGGCAAGAAUUGUGGUCCCUCUAAACCUUAUUGGCGCAGCUAUACAGUAUCCAACUACGGCUAUUCUUAAUACUAGGACGGUGGGAGGUGAGUUAGGAGCCGCCCUUGUAAGAUUGUCAGAGCUCGGACUUGAUUUGGACAAAGUGCAUUUAAGUGGACAUUCUCUGGGUGCUCACCUUAUGGGUUACGCUGGUAAAGUGACGAGAAGUAGUGGAAAAAUCAUACCCAGGAUUACUGGCUUGGAUCCAGCAGGACCUCUUUUUGAAGGACCUGUAUCAUUGGUCGGAUUACAACCUGGAGAUGCUAGGUUUGUGGACGUCAUUCAUACAAAUCCUAUCUUUCUCGGAGAUCCAGACAGGCUUGGAGACGUUGAUAUACGCUUUAAUUGUGACAUGUUACAUCAGCCUGGAUGCCCAAGAAAUUAUAUAGAAAGUUGCAGCCACUUUCGUGCCCCGCUUUAUUUCGCUGAAUCUAUCAACUCUCCUAGAGGGUUUACGACUGUCCAGGCAAGAACCUGUCUUGAUUGGAGGUCCGGGCGAAAUAAUCGAGAUGGAAGGAUUCUAUACUGGGGAGAAAAUAUUGAUACACAGGCAAGAGGAACCUACUAUAUAAGGACUAAUCGAUCACCGCCGUUUGAAAGAGGACUUAAUGGAAUACGACCAUAA